AUGACUGGACUAAAUAGUGAUUCAAUGUCCAAGCGGCCACACAGGAACUUUUUCAAAGGUGAUUAUGCUGGUAUCAAUUCCUUAUUGUGCAAUACAGACUGGGAUGAAUUGUUUUCGGACGAGGGAUUGGAUUUAAAUGUUGGUAAGCUUCAUGAUCUUUUAGAUAGUCUCUUUUCAGACCAUAUUCCUAUUUCUAAGAAUUCUGUGAAAUCGCGCUUUCCACCUUGGUUCUCAGUUGAGCUGAUUCGAUUGGUCAAUGAGAAACGAUUCAUCCACUACAUCUGGAAAGCCACGGGAGAAGAUAGUGACUACAUUCAGUUUAAGAGGGUGCCUGCUUUAUGUUUGAGAACGUCUAGAGAGUUGUAUCUCUCUCAUUUAAACAGAUUAGAGUUGAACAUAAAGGCUAAUAUCAAAGCUUUCUGGUCCUAUGUUAACAAAUUAAAAGCCAGUGAUUACAUCCCUUCUCUCCUCCGGCUUGAUGAUACUUGCUCCGACUCUCCUCUAUCGUCUACUAAUUUGUUUACUAAAUAUUUUGGGACCGUCUGCAAGGCAGGUAAUGGUGUGCCUGGUUUACACGGUUCUUCACCUGGUUCUGAUAUUCCUGAUAAUUUUGCAGUCAGUGAGGAGGAUGUCAAGAAUGCAAUUGGUAGACUUGAACCCUCUGGAUCUAUAGGUCCUGAUGGUAUUCAUCCCUUUUUUAUCAUUUGCUGUGCAGGAAAUAUGGUUAAACCUCUGUGUACUCUUUUCAACCAUUCUUUGUGUGCUGGUACUUAUCCAAAGCUCUGGAAAUCAGCCUUAGUCACUCCAGUUUUUAAAAGUGGUGACCUGUGGGAUGUCAAGACAUAUCGUCCCAUCUCCAUGAUAGGUGUUGAGUCUAAAAUCUUUGAUUCGAGAGUGGCACACGAGUUAUAA